AAACAAGUGUGGUCUGCGGUUCAAGGUUGAGUGAGGUAAGUGCUCCCAUGGAGCAAUGAUUGACACAGUCUGUUUCUGCACUGACCCUCUGCUGUUGUUGCUACUGCCGAUUUACUCACAGGACGUCGUCUUUGCCGCACGUUCCAGCGCCCGUGAACAAACUCCUCCCCUCUCAUUCCCAUCCACCACUCCUCACCGCGCCAGUGGCGAGCGACACUCUCGCCCCUUCUCCGGGACAAAUAAUAUCGCCGGCAAUGUUUUCCCUUGUGUGGUUAGGACGUUGGCAUUCGCUCUCCGGCGGACAUUACACGCGGGCAGAUCACGCCUCGAUCUAGGAUUUUCAUGCCUCAGCCUCCUCAAGAUCGUCCAAGCACCACCGUGCAUCCUGUUCCUCCUGAAUGUGCAAGAGAAGCCAUCGGCGACGUCAACGAUCGAAUCCGCCGCUCGAUAUGUCUGUGGCCUGACAGGAUGUCCGAAACCCGAGGAUUCGUGCAUGGGCGCAUUUCUAUACCUGCUUGGGUGAAUGCUACGACACGUCAAGUUGCCACUUCUCUUCCGCUGUCAGCGUAACACGCGGACCGGCACAGACUUGCUCGUAGGGACCACGAGCGUCUUGCCAGAUGUACUCGGUAUUAUCAGAAACGCCCCCCUCCUCGUGUAAUCGAUGGUCACCGUCCCAUACCCGGUGUGGGGACAAUGGUAUGCUACACUGUCUACCUCUUCCGACGACUCUGCUGAAAUCGCUGCUCUUGGCGAUUAAUCAACGCGAGGUAGCGGUCAAUGGACCCCCCAACGAUGCCCCCAGAGUACUGGGUCGUCAACUGAUUUCGCCAAAACUCGCACUACCCUCAGCCCUGUCCCGGGCCCAUGGUCCUUCAUGCCCAUACCUGGCGCCCCAUUCCUGAUCCUUCAGACUAUGCGCCACAGCUUUGUGGCUGAUCGUCGUGCCAUAAAGGAGAACAGCAACAAAGGAUCGUGUCAGUACGUCUGUAUACGAUGGGGCUGCUGAGGCGCGUCCAAGCAACGGACCUCAUCCUUCUGGCUUGGCGGCUCGUGAGACCUCUGCUUGCAGUAUUAUCAAUCCCAGCUGUCGAGAUUAAGCUCAGGAAAGUGAGAGUUUCCCUCCUGGACAGUGACCAACAUGUUUAGUCAUUCCUGGCAUGAUGUUUUACCUGCACAUCUGGCUCCAUCCAACUCCAUCACGCUCCACUAGAGAAGAGUCGAUCCCUGUCCGAACUCGAUCCUUCGCUUCAGGUUUGACCCCAAAUUCUCACGCGUUUCCCAUCUCUCGUCUUUUCCCCGACCGAGUCAUUCGCGUUUUGCCCUGACUUCGCCCCAAACCAAGCGCUUCCAAAGAUCGUGCGGACCUUUUGUUCAGCUGGGCGUGAAUGGCCGGGAUUGGGACCCUUCGAUGCAUCACACGCCGGGUGCGUGACUAACGGCUUGACUUUACAUGUUGUAUUACGACCAUGCUGGAGCAAAAUGUGGAUCGAAUUGAAAUGAAGACUCUUAGCAGAUCAGCAUGCCUUGCGUCGGUCAGGUUGUUCAUCAUCCACCUUAUUGCGAAGUGCUUACGAGAAUGGCCCAGCCAGCCAGAAUCACGAGGCCCUCACCUGCUGCGCUCCACAGACUUUGCCGUGUGGAAAUAUUUCCACAAUACCUGCGAGCAGUUCUCGGUCCAGACUGUCCCGAGAGCCUAGCAAAAUCGAGCAGGAAUUUCCAGAUUGGUGUCCUUGGGAAUGUUAUGCAAUAAAAGUCUCGUUACAAUGGAGACGUCCACCAUCUUGCGAAGAGGCGCUCUUGUUCACCGGUAUUCCAACCUCCCUGCCGUCGGCUAGCUCCAUCUGAAAGUACAUGCUUUGGGCUCGAUCCUGUAGCAGAUGGACCGACAAUCGGUGUAUCCAAAGUACCUUUGACAUCUGACAUCGACACCAUGAUGGUGGUUCUUCAGUUUCGCGUCCCUUUCCCGCCUUUGAGCCCCUGAGACUUGCACCAUGGCAGGGCUGCCUUGAUCCCACGACUAUAUUCUUAGCACUCCGUGGAAUGGAGUUGGGCUCUCCGAACUGUCGCAGAACGAUCAUCAUCUCCAUCGAUUUCUCUCGACUAACAAGCUCUAAAGGAGCUGAGAGGAGAUCCCUGGCGGAUAUGUCUUGGCCCAUUUCCCCCCCGACUGUAUUCGUACAACUAACCCAAGCACGACUCCACAAGGGGCCGAAAGAUUUCCCUUUCAAGGUCCCAUCGGACGCACUUCCAUUCGUCCAGUCGACUGCACGGCUCGCGUCCACGAACGGCCCUUGCAAUACCAGUGGAGCAGCAGGACUAUUGAAGACGAGCUGAAAAUCUGACCUUGUCCAAUAUCAAGCUCGAGAACUUUCCACCAUUAUCAGGGAAAACCAUUUCCCCUUUUUAGCAUGUACCAUACUCCUCUGAGAGUGUUGCGCAGUUGCUCCACAUGCAAGAGCAGUCGUGUAUGCUUGUGAAAACCUUAGCAUGCCGUUAAAACACGCAUUGUGUGUCAAGUUUUUUUUGUUCGGCGUCUACCAAAAUCUCACGGUCGAGCUUCACGACGUCUCCUCUGGACCAGGGGCGUUUAGGAAGCGGGGAUUUUCACAAUGUGUCAUAUAUUACAUACCAGACAAGCCACAGGCACGGCGUCCAGGUUCUUUGUGGCUAAAACGGUCCGGAUGAGGCCAUUUCAUUGACGACCACCCUUCCAGCAGUGGGCGGCAAAUGCGAAGAAUGGUGCGAGAGAUAGGGCUUGAGAAUUACAUUCGCUUGAGAGGAGGAUUCUUGCACUGCUUCGUGCUCCUUCCCUCGCAGAGAGGGUGAUUUCCACGGCGACAUUCCCUUGGGUCGAGCCAUCGAAGCGGAUGAACUCGACAAUAGAUGUACUUGGGAACUUCAAAAUCACUCCACGGGGUAAUAAGGUCAAGCCGUGAUUGCAGAGUGCUUUGGUCAAGUUCCCCUAAGGUGUAGGGUCGCUUUUGGAAAGGGUAGCACUACAGUCUGGAGAACAGGUGCCGUCAAGGAGACAGAAGUUACCACCAAGGACGUUUGAUCCUCAGUUGCAGCUGUCUCUUCCUGGGAAUAUUCGCCUAAUUCGCAUAUGUACCAGCCGAGAUGAUCCCUUCCACAGCUUCCUCUUCGUUU